AUGCGAAUUUUGUGCGAUGCGUGCGAGAACGCAGCCGCUAUCGUCUUUUGUGCCGCCGAUGAAGCUGCCCUUUGCCGCCCCUGCGAUGAAAAAGUACAUAUGUGCAACAAGCUAGCAAGUCGGCACGUACGUGUUGGUUUAGCCGAACCAAGCAACGCCCCUUGCUGCGAUAUUUGCGAAAAUGCACCUGCCUUCUUUUACUGUGAGAUAGACGGUAGUUCGCUUUGUCUGCAAUGUGACAUGGUUGUCCAUGUUGGUGGCAAGAGAACUCACGGCCGCUUUCUUUUGCUCAGACAGAGAAUCGAGUUUCCAGGCGAUAAGCCUAAAACGAGAGACAACUUGCAAAACCAAAGAAUAUCUGCAAAUGGUGAAGCUAAUGGCAAGACUGAUGACGAAAUGAUUGAUCUAAACGCUAACCCUCAGAGAGUACAUGAGCCUGCUUCAAAUCACCAUGGUAUCGAUGUAAAUAACGCCAACAAUCACGAGCCUGCAGGUGUUGUACCAGUUGGACCUUUUAAACGAGAAUCUGACAAGUGA